AUGGGGAAGAAAAGCAAAGCAGCAAAAGCAAAGGCAAAAGCAAUUGCCAAGACAAAAGAAGAGAAAGCACCAGAGCUCACAACCUCUGUUGAAGUGAAAGGUGAAAAUAAAGAAUUAGAAGUUGAACCCCCAAAAGUCGAGGAAAUUAAGAAAGAAAAUGAGACUAAAAUUGAAGAAAUUGACCAUAAAGUCGAGAAAGAAGAACCAGCUGAAGUGGAUGAACCACUUAAUGAAGCAAAGGAAAACGCCGAAAUAAAAGACGGUCAACCCGUUAUUUUGAGUAAAACCAAAAUGACUUCGGCAAAGAAACGACGUGUUGAAAAGGCGUUGAACAAAAUAUCAUUAAAAAAUCGACGAGUUCAACUUUUCGAGGAACUCACGAAGUACAUGUUGACCGACGAGGAACUUCCAAAUUUGAAGAGUUCGACUCUUCUUGGUGUAGAGACAGAUGAAGAGAAUAAAGUAGUUGUGAUUAUUCCCAAAAAAGCGACAGCAGUUCAGAAGAAGCCAAAAGUAGUGAAAAAGGUAGAGGAAGAGAAGGUGACUAAAAUAGUUGUAGAGGAUGGGAAGAAGACAUUUGGGUUUGGGUUUUCAACUGAAAAGGUUCAACUAGAGGAUAAACCUAAAGAGCCUGAGAAACCUAAAUUGGGGCGAGUGGUGUUGAUUAACACAAAAAUGGAGUCUGAAGAGUCAAGUGAAAGUAAUGAUGAAGAAGAAGAAAAAAUGGAGAGUCCAAGUGAAGAGAACUCGGAAGAUACCAGCACACACAGUGACCAAGAAAAUGAAGAGAAUGAAGACGUACUUAUCAAAGAACCAAAAAACGAGACAAUGGAGUGUGAGGAGAAGUCUGAAGAGAGCGAUGGGGAGGCACACUCCGAAAAGGAUGAAACUAAUGAAACGCUUCAAAAAGAGAAGAUGGAAGAAGACAAUUUAAAACUCGACUUUUCGGACGACGCCUAUGAAGCAGAAAGCACCCCCAAACACAAUCAAACGGAGGACACAAAAUCUCAAUCAGUUGAUGAUGCUAAAAAGGUCAAAGAGAACAAAACUAAGUUAGAAGAAGUGAGGAAGAACAAAAUAGUGUAUCCCGUCUAUAUUCCACGGUCAAAAGAGAUCAAAGAGCGGAGAAAUGGGUUGCCUAUAAUGAUGGAAGAGGCAAAUAUCAUUGAAGCGGUUAUAGAGAAUGAAGUGGUUGUCAUAUGUGGAGAGACAGGGUCAGGAAAGACAACGCAGAUUCCACAGAUCCUUUACGAAAUAGGGUUUGGUAACGAAAAUUCACAAUUCAGUGGGUUGAUCGGAGUGACACAACCAAGAAGAAUAGCGGCAACUGCUAUGGCCGAGAGAGUCAGUGAAGAGAUGGGCGAGCUUGGGAAUCAAGUUUCGUACAAAAUUCGGUACGAUACAAAUGUCAGUCAAGAUACUAAAAUCAAGUUUAUGACUGAUGGUAUUCUACUUAAAGAAGCACAAAGCGACGUUAUGAUGACGCCAUACUCCUGCAUUAUUAUUGAUGAAGCACAUGAAAGAAGUAUUAACACUGACGUGUUAAUAGGGUUACUUUCUCGUAUUGUGAAAUUGAGAAAUAAACAAAACAAGCCUCUACGACUCAUUAUCAUGUCAGCUACCCUUCGCGUCAGUGAGUUUUUGGAUAACACUAAUUUGUUUAAAGAGCGCCCAAAGAUGAUUCACAUCGGGUCUAGACAAUAUCCAGUCGUUUCGUAUUUCUCUCGAACAACAGUGAUUGAUGACUACUGUUCUGAGGCAAUUAAAUUGAUUGUUAAAAUUCACACCAAAUUGCCACGCGGCGGAAUUCUUGUGUUCUUGACAGGAAAACGUGAAAUUGAAGACGUGUGUACUCGUCUGAACGCUAUGCAACAGUUCCAAGACACGUUAUGUGCACUACCCUUGUACUCAAGCCUUGAUCCAGAAAAACAAAGAAAAGUCUUUCAAAAGGAUCCAAAAGGGAGACGACUGUGCAUUGUAUCUACUAACGUAGCCGAGACAUCGUUGACUAUUCCAGAUAUUCGAUAUGUUGUCGACAGUGGAAGAGCAAAAGAGCGGUUGUAUGACGUUAAGAGUGGUGUGAGUUCUUUUGUGAUUGACUGGAUUUCACAGGCUAAUGCUCAACAAAGAGCUGGAAGAGCUGGUAGAUGUAUGGCGGGGUAUUGUUAUAGAAUGUACUCUUCUGCGAUGUAUCAUGACACCUUCACACAAUUUACUGAGCCUGAAGUGCGUCGGAUGCCACUUGAGAGCGUAGUAUUAACACUGAAAGGGAUGGGUAUUGAGAAAGUUGUUAAUUUCCCAUUUCCUUCACAGAUUUCGUGCGAAGGCCUCAAACGAGCAGUCAGAUUGUUACAACUCAUUGGAUUACUUGAUAAAAAAGAAGACAUCACCGACUUGGGUAAAAUAGUCAAAGAGUAUCCACUCCACCCACGUCUUGGGAAGUUAUUACAUUUGCUCAAUAAAGAAGAACUCGGGGAAGUUGCAUUGUCUUUAGUUUCCGCACUGAGUGUUGGUGAUUUGUUCAUCGAUGGACAUUUCAACAGAAGUAUAUUCACCAAUAAGGACUCGGAUUUACUUUCUUAUGUAACGAUGGUCGACGCAUUCCGACUUGGUAACUCCAAAAAGGGAGUGACGUUGAAAGAGUUCUGCCAACAGUAUGGGGUCAAACAACAGGCUUUCAAAGAAAUAUUACAGUUGCGAGAACAGUUGUGUGGUAUUCUGAAGGUUCCAAACGAAUUGCCAAAGCGUCUUACAACUCCAGAAGAAAAUGUCAAAAUUCGUAAGGUGAUAGCAAACUGUUUUGUGGACAACGUGGGGCGUCUUGUGAAAAAAGAGGAAAUGGGCAAAUUCGCCAAGUUGAAUAUUCGAAAUGCAUACAUAACUGCAGUAGCAAAAGAGCCGUGUGUUAUAGCUCAACAAAGUUUCUUAUUUGGACAAAUCCCAGACUACGUUGUGUUCCACGAGAUUAUAGAGUUUAAUUACAAGUCAAUGCGAGGGGUCACCAGAGUGAAUUACAAGUGGUUAGAAGAUGUUUCUCCAGACUUUAUGAAGCUGUUUGAAAAGAAAACGUUUGCAGAGUGA